UUCAGCACUAACAGAUCACAGGGAUCAGGGGAGAGAAUCCAGCUCUGUGCAAGGCGGUCAGCUUGAAGAGAGAGGACCAUAGGCAGCCAGCCAGCCCUUGUCAUUAUGUGUGACCAACAGACAGCCUGGCACUGCUAGCAGCAUAGGGGGCAUUUAUCUCUUUCCAUUUGUGGUUAUCACCGUCUUCUUUAUUGUGAUAACAAAGAGCUGGAGGAAACAUGCCAGGCAGUGACACCGGGAUAGCUGUGGACAGGACCUACUCUGACCCCGAGAGGCAUCAGCGAGCCAAGACCAGGGUGGACAGGUCUGAUAUGAACACCCUCAGUUUGCCUUUAAACAUUCGUCGAGGAGGAUCUGAUACCAACCUAAACUUUGAUUUACCAGAUGGGAUUCUAGACUUUCACAAAGUAAAACUUAAUGCUGACAGUUUGAAGCAAAAAAUUCUUAAAGUAACUGAGCAAAUAAAAAUUGAACAAUCCGCUCGUGACGACAAUGUGGCAGAAUACUUAAAACUUGUUAACACCGCUGACAAGCAGCAGGCUGGGCGCAUCAAACAAGUAUUUGAAAAGAAGAACCAAAAAUCUGCUCAUUCUAUAUCUCAGUUGCAGAAAAAACUUGAACAGUACCGUAAAAAGUUAAAGGACAUUGAGCAAAAUGGACCUACAAGUAAAAGCUCAAAAGAUGUUUCCAAAGAUAACCUUAAAGAUUUACAACAUUCGUUAAAAGACGUACAUAGCAGUUCUCGUCCUGCUGGACCAGCAGAAAGCAGUAAAGUGGGUAUGCCAGGUGUAUCUUUGACACCUCCGAUGUUUGUAUUUAAUAAGUCAAGGGAGUUUGCAAAUCUGAUUCGUAAUAAAUUUGGAAGCGCCGAUAACAUUGCUCAUCUAAAGACGUCUCUUGAUGACUUUCACCCAGAGAGCAAUUCUAGGAACUUGAGUGGUAGUGCCACUAUAGUGGCAAAGUCAAAGUAUGCCAGCGACGAUGAGUGUUCCAGUGGAACAUCUGCUUCUGCAGACAGUAAUGGAAACCAGACAUUUGACAAUGGAAGGACAAAUACCAGUGAUACCCAUCGGAAUCUCGCUGUAUUUCUAGAAGAACUGAGAGAAAUAAGAGAAGCUCAGACUCAGCUGUCUGAAGAUAUAGAGACAUUGAAAGUGCAGUUCAAAAGAGAUUAUGGCUUUAUUUCACAAACAUUGCAAGAAGAAAGAUACAGGUAUGAAAGACUAGAAGACCAACUGAAUGACCUCACUGAUCUUCACCAACAUGAGACAACUAAUUUAAAGCAGGAUCUAGUCAGCAUUGAAGAAAAGGUUGCAUAUCAAGCAUAUGAACGUUCCAGAGAUAUUCAGGAAGCAUUAGAAUCGUGCCAGACACGGGUGUCUAAACUGGAGCUUCACCAACAAGAUCAACUAGCUGUGCAGACAGAAGCUGUAAAUGCCAAAGUUCUCCUGGGCAAAUGUAUAAACAUACUCCUGGCCCUUAUUACUGUCAUCCUGGUGUGCGUCUCUACUAUCGCAAAGUUCACAGCUCCUAUGAUGAGAAGUCGAUUUCAUAUAAUCUUCACAUUCUUCGCAGUGACAUUAUUUGCAAUACUUUGCAAAAAUUGGGAUAAUAUAGAACAAAUAAUCAUGUCAAGAUGAACCCAGUGGACUUUUUACAAUUUAGAACUUUAUGGACUCAAACCCUCUUGAAGUGUAAUUAGCCACUUUUCUAGAAAGUAUUUCCCAAUCUGUUGCUUUGUUCUAUUUGAUCAUUUUUCUAAUGCUCACAAUGCUUUACGUUGCCUUAAAAUCGCAGAUUUCUUUCUUUCCCCAAAUGAGAAGAAAUGUGGGUUUUAAACACUUAUAAAAGAACAGUCUCAUCUACAACACAAGUGUCCAGGGGAUUUCACUUGGCAUAUAAGACUUUCAUCUACCAAAGCUUUUCUUGAUUCUCAAACUUUUUAAAGCUGAAAUCUUUAUGGAGUCACUUAGAGUUAAAAGAACAAAUCUGAUGGAAUUGUGUUGUAUAUACUUUAACUGUACAUUAUUUUUUAUUUUUUCCUUUCCAUUCACAUGUUUUAUGUUUUCACAUGUUAGGAGCUUGUAUAGGUUCAGAAGCUUUUAAAAUACUACACAGAGUUAAAUGGUGUUUCUAGUGGCAAGUUUAUCCCUUUAUGCUGUAAAAUAGUCAAUAUAAACAUUGAAAGAAGGAUUUGGGGAUAAAAAGAAGGAAACAAGCUUCGAACACUAACCACAUAUUUAAUAAGGGUAUAGGAUGGGUGAUACAGUGGAAAUAUAUUUAUUUUAAACACAAGAAAAUAUAUAAUUACUGGUUCCAAAAUAAAUAUUUUUUUCAUAGAAAUUUGCAUAGUGAUGAGUUUCAUUUGCUUGUAUUAAAAAGGUUAAUUAGCAAAGAACAACUUUCUUAAAGUACAAUGACGUAACGUGACAAUAUGUAAACCGCAAAAGAGGGUUACAAAAAUCUGCAUUAAAGGGACAGUGUAACAUAAAGUUUUCUCAUUAAUGUGUCUGCAAUAACUUAUUAUACCAGCUACAGGGAUAAAAAAGGUAUGGGCAAUUGGUCAUUUGGGUAAAUUGUUGUAUAUGAAAUAGCUGUCUCUGCUAAUUGAAACCACAAAAUAAAAUAGGCUGAAAACUUCUAAAGUCUCUAUAUUAACAAAACAAUUAUUAUUAUAAUAUAUUUCUAUUGAAGUGAGACCGAUAUUUAAAGAGGACAACACCACUCACUGGUAAUGUAAUUUCUUGUAAUCAUUAUUGUUUACAUAGCUUUUCUAUAACCAGUAUUUAUGUAAUGACAAAUAACGUUAAAUGGACUAUUUUUAAACAAUUUAAUACUCUCCAGCAGGUAAAAUGGAUGAUUGGGAACAUAUUAAAAGUGAAGGUAAACUUGAGUGUACUCGCUCGAGUCGGAGGAUAUAAUUUAAAAAAUGACUAAGACUUUCAUUCAUGAAAUCUGUAAUUUAUCCUGAUCUUCUUAGAUUUUUACAAUUUAAUGCCGGAACGAUAAGGGUAUAGGAUGGGUGAUAAAGUGGAAUUUUUUUUUAUUUUUCAACAUAAGAAAAUGUAUAAUUACUGGUUCCAAAAUAAAUAUUUUUUUCAUAGAAA